AAUAAUUUGGUGUGGGUGUGUGCGUGUGUGCGCUUCUCGUGAUUGGCCACGGGUCGGGUCUGAUCCCCGCGCUGACAAUCGACGCGACCCCCUUUCCGUGGUUGGUGGGCCCAGAGUCGCCACUGCGAAUUAAUGUAGGCUCACAGGGGCAGAGAGAGAACAUCACCACCUCCCCUCCCUUGUCCACCUUCCUUCACCAUUCAUUCCUCUACGAGCCAUCGAUCACCUCAACAGACAUGUCCUCCACCCAAGCAUCUCAAGCCAGCUCCUCGCACAACAAUGCCCCUCAAGUAAGCGAAGAGGGCAUGAUGGACGAUGGAGGCGCCGGGCCCCUCCUUGUGAACAAGUUGGAGGAAUUCGGCAUCUCCAACUCUGACUGCAAGAAGCUGUCAGACGCGGGCUACUACACUAUCGAAGCCAUUGCAUUUACACCCAAGCGGAUCUUGUGUACAGUCAAGGGAAUCAGCGAAGCAAAGGCAGACAAGAUCCUCGCCGAGGCUGGCAAGCUCGUGCCCAUGGGUUUCACGACAGCUACAGAGUACCACGCUCGCCGUACAGAGCUCAUCUCCAUUACAACUGGUAGCAAGAAUCUCGACAAUGUCCUCGGCGGAGGCAUGGAAACGGGGUCCAUCACUGAGCUGUUUGGAGAGUACAGGACGGGAAAGAGUCAGCUGUGCCACACAUUGGCGGUGACUUGUCAGGUGGGUGUCCUCCGCUUAGAUGUGACAGGCAUACAACAGUCAGCCUGAAAGGUAAAUGAAUAUUUGCGAGCCCUGCUGACGCUAUUCGUUCACCAACGCGCCUCUCAGCUGCCAAUUGACAUGGGUGGAGGUGAAGGA